GUUUGCUUGUAUCGUCAGCCAUUGAACGUCCUCGUCGAGGAAGAGGAGGAGGAGGAAUCAUCGUGUGUGUGUAACAUGCGAACCAAACCAGGGUCACCUUUCCUGUUUCUACCCUUUUAGACUCUUUCAGCAGAAAUCAGUCGCAUUUGUCAGAGUGGAUUCAGUGAUACUCGGCGUUUGUCAGCCUGUGUCUGCACUCAUCCAGCGACAGAUGACAGUGACAGGCGGGGUGUCGGUCGCUGCUCAUUGAGAAGAGAUAACGAGAUAAACGUGGUGAAGGCGGCUGUCAGGCGCAGAUAAGACGAACAAUAACGGUCGAAAGUGGACAAUGUAGCGGGACGAAGCUCCACAAGUGCUCGGCUGUGGACACGGCUGCGUUGAGCUCACGGCUGCGGCGCUGACAUGCUUCUCCGAGAGGACUUACUCCACAAGAAACACCUCGACACCGACUACCAGUGAGGGGGAAACACACCUGUUGGUCAGUUUAAAUAUCUAGUCAGUAACAACUGGGACGAUGCGGCUUUUAACUCGCAUGUCAAGGUGCACACAUUUGUCCAAACUCAAGCUCACACAGCCGAGGACGUUGUGGCUGGAGCACCGCCUGACCCUCUCCGCUGCCCCCCGGAGGAAGAGGCAGUCCACCGGGGUCAGUCCACCGGUCCAGCCUACACCUGCCGUCCCUCUCUCCUCACCCAGGCCCUUCGUGUCUGUCCUGUCCUUCAGUCCGCUCAGAGGUCUCUCUACUCUCGGUCCACACUCACACACACCUGUUGCCUUUGCGAGCUCUUCAGCCGCCUCUACACCUUCACCAGCCGGGUCAGUGGACCCCCAGACGGACCCGGACAGAGGCCAGACACCGACCACGGUCCCCCUGGAGGAUGUUAAGAGGAUUUUGCAGCUGGCUCACCCGGAGAGAUGGAGUCUGGCAGCUGGUGUAGGCUUCCUCACUGUCUCCAGCGCAGUAACUAUGUCAGCUCCAUUUCUCCUGGGUAAAGUGAUUGACACCAUUUACACCGCUGGAACAGACACAGAGACAAUGACCGCCUCCCUGACAUCAUUAUGCAUCAUGCUGACGGGGGUGUUCCUGUGUGGCGGGGCAGCCAAUGCUGCCAGAGUCUACCUCAUGCAGACCUCAGGCCAAAAGAUUGUUCGUAAUCUCCGUGCCUCCCUCUUCUCCUCCAUCCUCAGACAGGAAGUGGGUUUUUUUGAUGGGAGUAGGACUGGCGAGCUUAUCAACCGCCUCUCUGCUGACACGGCCGUGGUGGGCCACUCGAUCACUGACAACCUGUCAGACGGGCUGAGAGCUGUUGCCCAAGCCGCUGCUGGCGUCAGUAUGAUGUUCUACGUCUCCCCGAGUCUUGCCAGCUUUGUGUUGCUGAUUGUUCCACCCAUGGCUGGUCUUGCUGUCAUCUAUGGCAGAUACCUUCGCUCCAUCUCCAAACGCACACAGGACGCACUCGCACAAGCUACACAGUUGGCAGAGGAGCGGAUCAGCAACAUUCGGACAGUGAGGGCUUUUGGUAAAGAGCUGUCAGAGGUCAACACAUACACACAGAAGACAGACCAGGUCUUCACUCUGGCCAGGAAGGAGGCUGUAAUACGAGCUGGCUUCUUUGGAGUGACUGGUCUUAGUGGUAACAUCAUGAUCCUGUCCGUGCUCUACAAAGGAGGCCUUCUGAUGGCCAGCCAGCACAUGACUGUGGGAGAGCUCUCGUCCUUCCUCAUGUACACCUUCUGGGUGGGCAUCAGUAUUGCAGGUCUGAGUUCAUUCUACUCUGAGCUGAUGAAGGGUUUUGGUGCAGGAACCAGACUGUGGGAGCUCCUGGACAGAAAGCCUGAGUUUCCACUGAAUUAAGGCUUGGUGCUUCCUCCAGACCAGCUGAAGGGUCGGCUGGAGUUCUGUGAUGUCUCCUUUGCCUACCCGUCCCGUAAGGAGGCUCCAAUCUUCCAGAACCUCAGUCUGCUGGUCCCAGCUGGUAGCAUCAUGGCUGUGGUGGGAUCCAGUGGGUCUGGAAAGUCAACCCUGGUCUCACUGCUGCUCAGGCUGUACGACCCGGAUAAUGGUAUUAUCUACAUAGAUGGUCAUGACAUCAGAGAUCUGAAUCCCUAUUGGCUCAGGAGCCACAUUGGAACUGUCAGCCAGGAGCCUGUGUUGUUUUCUUGCUCUAUAAGAGAUAAUAUAGCGUACGGUGCAGUGGACCCUGACGCUGUGACCACAGAGGACAUCUAUAGGGCAGCCACAGUGGCCAACGCCUAUAAUUUCAUCCAGGCUUUUCCUAAGGGCUUUGACACUGUAGUGGGGGAGAAAGGAGUGCUGUUGUCAGGUGGUCAGAAGCAGAGGAUAGCCAUAGCCAGAGCACUUCUCAAGAAUCCUAAGAUCCUGCUCUUAGACGAGGCUACCAGUGCAUUGGAUGCUGAGAAUGAGUUCCUGGUCCAGGAAGCCUUGGAGCGUCUAAUGGAAGGGAGGACAGUCGUGAUCAUCGCUCACCGUCUGUCCACCAUUCAGAAUGCGAAUGCUGUCGCUGUACUGGACCAGCGGCGCAUAGCCGAGUGUGGCCAGCACACAGAGCUGCUAGGCAACAGGCAAGGACUGUUCAGAAAACUAAUGGAGAAACAGGCAUUUCUGCAAGAACAGAAGCAAGCACUUCGCUGAGAGGACAGGGAGUAAAGGCGAGUGGAUGAGAAAGAGGGAGAUAUCAGGAGGUGAGGUCAGUGGCUUUGCUCCAGAUAGGGGUUGGGGACAGUUGGAAAAAAAAGAUAUUGCCUGAAAUGGGUGGAGAUUGGAAAGCCACUAAGAAACCUAAAGGGAAUGAAAACAGGGUAAUCCACAGUGAAAAACUGAAACAUGGAUCCGAGUUCCUAGAGAUGCUUUAUUUUGGAAAAUAUCUAAUUCUGCACUGAAAGAAGAGGACAGAAAAAGAGGCUGAGAGUGAAAAGGACAUAUGAUGAAGACAAACACUCCUCACACAGGAAGCUCAUAGACAACAUUAUUUUUGAUCACUGUCUCUGAAUUUGGUGCAAAUGACAAACUUUUCUCUGCUAUGGGACACUGUAGUCUGUUAUCACUAUAUGAUUUUCACAACCCAACCAAAAACAGUCCAGUAUGAUGUAUACAAAAAUACUAAAUAUGUAUUUGUUUAUUCAUUUGUGUCUAUUUAUUAUUGAGUUUUUAAACUUGAAGAUUGACCUGCAGAAUCUUUUACAGGAAUUUUGAAACAAGCCGAACGAAGCAGCUAUUUGUGUUGACUGCACUGUGUUGUAAAACGGGACUGAACACUAUCCUGACAUAUGUAAAGGACAUAGAUUUAUGUAAGCACAUUUGUCAUGAAACAUAGUAGUGAUUGUCCUCCAAGUCACAGCUGAGGUGCUACACAUCUAAAAACAUAAUUUCAGUUCACUAUUUUUUUUUUUUUUUCUUGCUUUGGAUUAAUUAACAGCCCUGAAACUGCAAAACUUUAACAUCUUUAUAUGUCAAACAAAAUAAAAGUUUUACUUGUGAAAGUC